UUUUCUCCUUUUUGCUCUUCUAUGGCUGUCUCACCCGCAUUCUCCAUAUGCCAAUGCGAGUUUUCAAGUCCUUUGCGAUUCAUUCCAAGGAAGAAAGCCAGGCCAUUGUUCUCAAAUCUACAAGAUGGUAGUGAGCAGCCAAGCAGCGAGCCAGCAGCGAUAGAGCUCGAAUUUUUGGGGGUAAAAAAGCAUCCAAACUUCAGCAAUUUCCAAGGUUUUUUUCUGUGUGUGUGUGCUGUGCAGCCCGAUGGCAAAGGGGAUGUGUUGAAAACGAGUGUCAAGAGCGGCGAGAAGGUGCUCAGGAAUGUGAUGCGCGAGAACAAGCUCGAGCUCUACGGAUUGUACGGCAAGCUGAUGAACUGUGGAGGGGGUGGCAGCUGUGGAACUUGUAUUGUGGAGAUUUUAGAGGGACAAGAGCUGCUAAGUCAGCCAACCAGUGCUGAAAAGAAGCAUCUCAAACAGAAGCCUGGUACUUGGAGGCUGGCUUGCCAAACAAUUGUUGGAGAUAAGUCUAAUGCUGGCAAGGUGGUUGUUCAGAGAUUACCACAGAAGAAGAAAUAGAUUCCAAAAGUUUCUUUCUAUACCUGCACAUAAAUUUCCAAUUUGUUUUUCAAAA